ACUGUUUCAAAGAUUCUUCAUCUGCUUUCGUCCCAAAUCAAGAUUCAGGGAUAAUACAGUAAUUUUAUAAGCGAUGGCCGGAGGUGGUGGUGGUGGUGGAGCAAAAGCCGACGAGCCGGCGCCACACCCACCAAAAGAUCAGCUUCCAAAUGUUUCCUACUGCAUUACAAGUCCACCUCCAUGGCCUGAGGCUAUACUACUUGGUUUUCAGCAUUAUAUAGUAAUGCUUGGUACAACGGUUAUCAUUCCUACAGCUCUGGUUCCUCAAAUGGGAGGUGGAAAUGAGGAGAAAGCAAAAGUGAUCCAAACUCUGCUUUUCGUUGCUGGAUUGAACACGUUGUUGCAAACUAUGUUUGGGACUCGGUUGCCUGCUGUGAUCGGGGGUUCAUAUACUUUCGUUGCACCCACGAUCUCGAUUAUAUUAUCUAGUCGAUGGAGCGAUCCUGAUCCUAUCGUGAGAUUCAAGAAAACGAUGCGUGCAAUCCAGGGUGCUAUGAUUGUCGCUUCGACGCUUCAAAUCGUUCUAGGUUUCAGCGGUUUAUGGCGAAAUAUUUCUAGGUUCUUGAGUCCACUUUCAGCUGUUCCGUUGGUUGCUCUUGCUGGUUUUGGGCUAUAUGAAUUUGGAUUCCCCGGGAUUGCCAGAUGUGUCGAGAUUGGGCUGCCUCAGCUCAUAUUUCUGAUCAUUCUGUCUCAGUAUCUACCCCAUUUGAUACAUUCGGGAAGGAACAUCUUUGAUCGUUUUGCUGUUGUGAUCUCUAUUGCAAUCGUUUGGAUUUAUGCUCACUUACUUACGGUUGGUGGUGCCUACAACCAUGCAGCACCCAAGACCCAAACAAGCUGUCGGACGGAUCGUGCUGGACUUAUUGAUGCGGCUCCCUGGAUAAGAGUUCCGUAUCCAUUUCAAUGGGGUGCACCCUCGUUCGAUGCUGGUGAAGCCUUUGCUAUGAUGUUGACUACUCUUGUUACGCUUUUGGAGUCCACUGGCGGGUUCAUUGCGGUUUCGAGGUAUGCAAGUGCAACUCCGAUGCCUCCAUCCAUUCUAAGUCGCGGUGUUGGUUGGCAGGGAGUCGGCAUUUUGUUGUCGGGCGUGUUCGGAACCGUUAAUGGAUCUUCGGUAUCUAUUGAGAAUGCCGGUCUUUUGGCAUUGACCCGUGUGGGUAGUCGAAGAGUGGUACAGAUCUCGGCCGGAUUCAUGAUCUUCUUUUCGAUUCUUGGGAAAUUCGGAGCACUUUUUGCCUCAAUUCCGGUACCCAUUUUCGCUGCUCUGUAUUGCCUUUUCUUUGCUUAUGUGGGCUCGGCUGGUCUGAGCUACCUGCAAUUCUGCAACCUCAACAGUUUCAGAACGAAGUUCAUACUCGGAUUUUCUUUCUUUCUGGGCUUGUCCGUGCCCCAGUACUUCAACGAGUACGAAGCUAUUAACGGUUAUGGUCCGGUCCACACGUCUGCAAGAUGGUUCAACAACAUGGUGAACGUUCCUUUCUCGUCCGAGGCCUUUGUAGCUGGCAUUUUGGCGUAUUUUCUGGACAACACGAUUCACAAGAAGGACGGUUCAAUAAGGAAAGACCGUGGAAAGCAUUGGUGGGAUAAGUUCCAUUCAUUCAAGACCGACCCGAGAACCGAAGAGUUCUAUUCGUUGCCCUUCAAUCUCAACAAAUACUUCCCAUCUGUGUGAAAAGGCACCUUGUUAGAUGUUUUAGUUAAAUAUCGAACUUCAAUCCGAUCGAAUCCGUUCGUUAAUUAAUUUGUUCUUUUGUCACUGUAAAUUUGACGGAUGCGAAAG